CCUAAAUAUUGAAAAAUGUAGGGGAAAUUUAGAAAAAAUAAUCCGGAAUUCGCAACCAUAACCAGUAGUUCAGUGAAGUCACUGUUUGCCGAUGACCUAAGCAGCGGACCGCACUGAAUUUUCCCUACCGUCCGACCGAAGUUUUCUGCCAUGAAUUUGUAAUUUGUUUCUCUGCAGCUGAUUAAACAACUAAAUAUGAAUAGUAAAUCGAAAAAACUGUUAAUAACGGUACUCGUGACGGCACUGAGUCUACUUGUGAGUAAAUCCGAGUCAGCUCCUCAAGCGUUCAGGAGAGACCCAGGGCAUCCCCAAUGGCACCACGGCGCUUUCCACGAUGUCAGAGAUAGCGUCCGAUCGGACGUCCGUCGCAUGCUCCAUACUCGUGCCGAGGUUCCGUUUCAGGUUCCUUUGGAAGUGAAUGUGGUGCUGAUAGGAUUUAACGGAGACGGAGGUUAUAGGUAUAGCUUAGAUACGCACAAACUGGAAGAGUUUUUGAGAACUAGCUUUCCUAAGUAUAGACCUUCUUGUUUAGAGACCGGCGAGCCUCUCGAUAUCGAGCAUCAUGUUGUCUAUAACGCCUUUCCUGCAGGUCAGCCAGAAUUGAUUGCGCUUGAGAAGGCGUUAAAAGAGGCAAUGGUUUCUGCUGGGAAUGCGAGAGAAACUGAUUUUGGAAGGGAGGUGCCUUUGUUUGAGGUGGAGGCAACAGUUGUGGAGCCUGUCUUUCACAAGUUUUAUUCUUACAUAUUUGACCUGGACGGUACUUAUGCUUCCAAGGAGAUCGAUAAACCUGUUCCUAAUGCCAUCUUUAUUGUAAAUUUUGAUAAGGUAAGAAUGGAUCCUAGAAAUAAGGAAAUUGACCUUGACAGCUUGAUGUAUGGGAAAAUUCACCAGUUGACGGAUGAGGAUAUUAGUAAACAAGAGGGAGACUACAUUUAUCGCUACCGAUAUAAUGGAGGAGGUGCAACUCAAGCUUGGCUCAGCUCAGACAGAUUUGUUGUGAUCGACCUAUCAGCAGGCCCUUGCACAUAUGGAAAGAUUGAAACUGAAGAAGGAAGUGUCAGUUAUAGAACGUUGCCACGGAUACGAAACAUGAUGUUUCCCAAAGGUAUAGGUGCAGUCAGUGAUCACGCUUCUUCUGAUAUAUUUUCUGGACAACUCGCUGCUUUGGUAGCAACGGCAGUUGAGCAUCUUGUAGCUCCAGAUGUUAGGUUUGAGACUGUUGACCUGGCAACGAGGUUGCUAGUACCAAUUAUAGUGCUUCAAAACCACAAUAGAUAUAAUAUUAUGGAGAAGGGUCAUAAUUACAGCAUAAACAUGGAAGAAAUUGAAUCAGAGGUGAAGAAGUUGGUUCAUGAUGAGCAAGAAGUUGUAAUAGUAGGUGGUAUACAUGCAUUACAUCGGCAUGAGAAGUUGGCUAUUGCUGUUUCAAAAGCAAUACGGGGGUUUUCCUUGCAAGAAACUAAAAAAGAUGGCCGAUUCCAUGUUCAUACCAAGACAUAUCUAGAUGGCGCGAUACUUAAAGAGGAGAUGGAAAGAUCUGCUGAUAUGCUAGCUGCUGGGUUACUUGAGUUGGCUGAUCCAUCUCUUUCGAGCAAAUAUUUUCUCCGCCAGCACUGGAUGGAUGAGCCUGAUGGUUCAGGAGACUCCAUGCUCAAGCAUAAACCUCUUUGGGCUAGUUAUGAUUCAAGACAUGGCAAGGAGAACAAGAAGAAGAAGAAGAAGAAAGAACAAAAGAAGCAAGGAGAUCUUUACCGCACUUAUGGAACAAGAGUUAUUCCAGUCUUUGUGCUAUCUUUGGCCGAUGUGGAUUCGGACCUUAUGAUGGAGGAUGAAAGCCUUGUUUGGACAAGCAACGAUGUUGUCAUUGUACUUCAGCAUCAACAUGAAAAGGUACCUCUGAGCUAUGUUUCAGAAACAGAGAGAAGGCAUGCCAUUCCUUCACUAGCACAGCGACAUAUAUUGGCAGGGCUUGCAUCUGCUGUUGGUGGGGUGAGCGCACCAUAUGAGAAAGCAUCUCAUGUACAUGAAAGGCCAAUUGUGAAUUGGUUGUGGGCAGCUGGUUGUCAUCCGUUUGGACCGUUCUCUAAUACUUCUAAAGUCAGUAAAUUAUUACAGGAUGUUGCCUUGAGAAACUCUAUAUAUGCACGUGUGGAUUCUGCACUUCAUAGAAUUCGCGAUACAUCAGAGGCUGUCCAAUCUUUUGCGGCAGAAUAUCUGAAAACCCCUCUGGGUGAAGCUGUGAAAGGCAAGAAAAACAAGACUACGACGGAACUGUGGUUAGAGAAGUUUUACAGGAAAACUACUAACUUGCCUGAACCUUUUCCCCAUGAAUUAGUCGACAGAUUGGAAAAAUAUCUCGAUGGCCUUGAGGAACAGCUUGUAGAUCUGUCUUCUCUGCUGUACGAUCAUAGAUUACAAGACGCCCAUAUGAAUAGUUCCGAAAUUCUUCAAAGCUCUAUGUUUACCCAGCAGUAUGUGGAUCAUGUUUUGGCGAACGAGAGGGAGAAAAUGAGAUGCUGUGAAAUCGAGUACAAAUAUCCCGUGCACUCUUCACAAACUUAUAUCUAUGGAGGAAUUCUUCUUGCUGGGUUCAUUGUUUAUUUUGCUGUCAUUUUCUUUUCCAAUCCUGUCCGUUGAUGUCCACAAGAACUCUGGAUCAAAUUUCUAGAUGUUUUCAUCGGAUGGGUGGGGGAAAAAUUGCUUAUACAGAACAGUGUUCAAUAGACAAUUUUGAUGGUCUUUAAUAGUGUAAUACAAAUAACAUAGAAGAACUGUCUUCUUAGAUUAUCUACGGACAUUACUGACUGAUUCAUUAAAAUCCAUUCUAAUUUAUUUCUACA